AUGGAGGAGACGAUGUUCAAACACAGGAGAUGCUGGGAAAUGAGAUCGAUCGAUUCAUGGGCCACCGGGGAGGGGGGAGGGGGAGGAGAGGGAGAGAGGGGAGAGGAGGGGGGAGAGAGGAGAGAGGGAGAGGAGGAGAGGGGAGAGAGGAGAGAAGGAGAAGAGGAGAGGGGAGGGACUGAGAGAGUAAGGCUAAGACCUCCAAAGGCCGUGAAAAGAGUGGAUCCUGGGAUGUCUGUGCUCCAGGAUUCAGUGCUGGGAAUGCAUGUAGACGUCUCCAGCUGCCUCAGUUUCCCUCUGACGAUGAGACGGACACCCACGCCACUCCCUCCGUUCCCUCCUAAUCUGGCCACCAUCCUGGAGUCCGAGGAAAUCUCUACAGAGGAUCUCCUUCCACUGGAAGACCCCACAGAGCUAGAAUUUGGGCUGAACUCAGAAGUUAUUUCGCGACAUCGCUCGGCUAGCCUCCUAGUCUCGGCCCCUCCAGUCGCGAGACCACACCCACCAGUUCAUUACUCUGCCAGUGCACCCAUCACCGGCUAUGCAGACGACUCAUUAUUGCAGGGGCAUGGCUAUCGGGACGAAGGACAUAGAACACCUCCACCGCCUUACGAAGACGUCAUUUCAUCUCAUGAUCAUAUUCAGGCUGGGUCUUAUGGGUUUGCCGUUCAACCAAAGCUGGAAAAAGAAGUUGGAAAUUUCGACAAUAUCUACCACUUUGUUCUGGGGGAAAGGGAGAGGGCAAGGGCCCCAACUAAUGCUCCGUAUACAACCAAGAGCUCUGCACUGCUCUCAGAGAAAUCCGUUGGGUUUGCAGAUCAACAGUACACCAGACCUGUGUACAAGCGGUCCUACAGAAUUCCUCGAGAUCCUCGCUUUCGUGAGCAGUGGCACUUGUUGAACACAGGUCAAUAUGGUGAUGAAUACCGCGGCAGAGAUCUCAAGAUAGAGAAGGUCUGGAUGCAAGGACUGAGUGGCUGCAAUGUUACUGUUGGGAUCGUGGACGAUGGAUUUGAAUACCUCCAUCCUGACUUGAGGGAGAACUACGCUCCAGCUGUGUCCUACGACUUUGUGGAUGGAGAUCCUGACCCAAUCAACCACAUGUACGACUGGCACGGGACACGCUGUGCUGGACUUGUGUCUGCCGCCAAGGAUGGCGAGGCCUGUGGCGUUGGGGUGGCCUACAACUCCAAGUUUGGUGGGCUAAAGCUGCUGGGUGCCUUCACGGACCUGAACGAGGCCAGCAGUCUCUCCUAUGCCAAUGAUGUAAUUGACAUCUACAGCAAUAGCUGGGGACCGUGUGAUGAGGGGUGCGUGGAUGGGCCAAUGCGUCUGACGCAUUUGGCACUCAAGACAGGGGCAGAAAGGGGACGUGGUGGAAAGGGGUCUGUAUUUGUGUGGGCCAAUGGAAACGGAGGUCCACCGGACGACUGUGCAGCGGACGGCUACUCCAGCAGCAUCUACACCAUCUCAGUGGGGGCUAUUGGGGUGGGCGGGGAGCAGUCCUGGUACGAUGAGGAGUGCUCAGCCAAAAUGGUCUCGGCUUACGUGACAGAUCACAAUGGAUAUAGUGCAGUGAGUACAACAGCUACUGAUGAGCUGUGUGUGUAUGGAUUUGGCGGGACAAGUGCUGCGUGUCCGAUGGUGGCCGGGGCCAUUGCACUCACCUUGGAGGCCAAUGCAAACCUCACCUGGAGAGACAUCAUGUACCUGGUGGUUUUCACCUCUAACCCCUCCAUCACUACUGGCGGCUCCUACACAACCAACGGUGCUGGUGUCCGAUUCAGUCGACAGUUUGGUUUCGGAGUUCUGGACACGGAGGCAAUGGUGGCAAGAGCCAGAAACUGGAUCAGUGUCCCUCCUCAAAUCGAGGAAAUUAGGUUUCCUUCACGGACUUCUGGGGUAGCGACUAGCUCCACACCAGCAUUCAUCUCAGUGUUCUACAGUGGCUCCAUCACCUACCUUGAGCACAUAGUCGUAAACGUGACACUCCUACCCACCGGAAUAACUGACCCUCGCAGAGGUCACAUCAGUGUCGAGAUUAGGUCCCCUUCCAGAACCUUAUCGACUCUGCUAAAGUUUCGAUCGAUCGAUGACACGAAUAGAGACUAUAUCAGAUGGCCGUUCAUGUCCGUAGCGUUCUGGGGGGAAAACCCUAGGGGGACAUGGCAAUUAACCAUACGAUCUCAGAGCCGCGAUACCAACGCUGACUACUCGAACCUGAGAUUCCAGUUUUACGGGACGUCGGUCACUCCCCCAGCUGUUGCUAGGAUACCAAACAGGUGUCACUCUGAUUGUGCGCGAGGCUGUGCGGCCCCUGGUGCCGAGUUCUGUGAUGUCUGCGCCAAUCUUCGCGAUGCUUACACCAUGGAGUGCAUCGACCAGUGUCCACCAGGCUACACACAGAGGAACGGCUACUGUUAUAAUGGCUCACUACCCGAGCCUGUCUGCAACUCUAAAGUCCCCUCUCUCACUUCAGGAUCAUGUGUGGAGGCAGGAUACGAUGGGUGCUGCAGUGAGGGCAAGUGUGAGGGAACCAUUUCCAGCAGUCCAUUCGGACUCUGCCACUGCGACAAAAUCUGCCACAAUAUAAACGACUGUUGCAGAGAUAUUGAAGAGGUCAACUGCACCAGACAAGGGCUUGUAACUUCUCCAAUGCGUUACAUGACUCUGCGUGGUAAUGAUGAUGUGCCAACUCAGGUUGUUCCUAUUACUGAUGAUGGAGCAUCGCCUGUCAUCAGAAUACCAGUUCCUUUCCCAAUUGGAUCUUCCCUUCAUAGAACCGUUUACGUUGGAACAAAUGGCUACAUUUCGUUUGACAAGGUGUUCACAGACUACUCACCAUUUGAAUACCCGGGAAAUUCCCGGGUUACCCUCGUGUCCCCCUUCUUUGUCGACAUCGAUACAUCCUAUGGCACGGGAAAGAUCCGAUACGAAAUCCACACACCUAGCCAGUCGCCAGCCCUCUUUGAAGACAUCAAUCAUAUCAUCAACGAACAGAUGGAUGCUGCAUUUGCCGGCAAGUGGCUGUUGCUUGCCGAGUGGAGAAAUUGUCCCGAAUUUGGUAGGAGUCAAUCAAUUACCAACACUUUCCAAGGAAUUGUUGUGACCGACCUUUCAGAGUCGUACGCAGUGUACAUUUACAACUGCCAUGAUAUGCAGUUCUCGGGCAGUGCCUCGAUUGGGUUCACCUCCCACACCUACGAGCUGUUUGCCAACCAUCGACUCAGUGGCUACAAUGCCAGGAACAUAGGCUGUGUCAACUCGGGGCAGAGUGACUGGGUGAAUCUGGUGUACAAAUUGACCAGGGAAGACCUGCAGCCAAUACAGCCAACUGACCUUUAUGAUGAAUGUGAACUAGGCUUACAUCACUGUGAGCAGGAGUGCAUCGAUCUACCCACCAACUACGUCUGCUCCUGCUACGAAGGCUACGCCCUCCAGAGAGACGGGGUCAACUGCUUCCCAUACUGUCACGCAGACUUUACGACAGAGGUGGGGGAAUUCAACACACCCAGCUGGCCAGACAACUACCCGCAAAGGUUCUUCUGCGAGUGGAACAUCGACCUCACAGAAACUCUGGAAGGCACGGACUACUUUCUCGUGCUCAGGGUUGAUUCCUCUGCAUACGGGAUGGAAAGCAACUGCUCUGAGGAGUACAUACAGUUCUUUGAUGGGCUGUCAUACAAUACGUCACUGGGUAAAUUCUGUGGUACAAUUCCACCGAGGCCUAUUGCUAUGUCCGGGCUGGAGGCAAGGGUUGUGUUUGUAGCAAGUGACGAGCAUCCAGAUCAUCUAAGAGGAGUGAGAAUAACUUACUCUGUCGCUCUACUUGAGAAUGAAUGCGAGAGAAACAAUGGUGGCUGUGAGCACAUUUGCAGAGAUUCCCCAUACUCUUACACCUGUGAAUGUGAUGCUGGCUACCAGCUGAGAGCCGAUGGAAAGAGUUGUUACGAUGUUGAUGAGUGCGCAGGAUCUCAUGGCUGCAACCAGGUGUGCAUCAAUACCCUCGGAUCGUACAACUGCAGCUGCGAGGAAGACUUUGUCCUCAGCGCUGAUUCCAGGACCUGCCUUCCCUCCUGCAACGCCACAUACACAGCUCUCUCAGGUUCAUUCCAGACCCCCGGCUGGCCAGUGUCCUACCCUCAAUACAACUUCGCCUGUCUGUGGACUAUCGAUCUGCAAGAGGAUGACAAUUAUGCCAUACACUUCAGUGUAAACAGCACUGCAUAUGGGAUUCUCGGUAGACCUCCCUGCCCCACAGAGUAUCUGGAGUUCCACGAUGGGUUGACAAGAAAUGCACCAUCACUCGGAAAGUUUUGCUUCAUCACAGUGCCCGAUGAUGUUGUGACAUCUUCUGGCCAAGCGUUGGUUGUGUUCAAAGCUAUUGACUUUAACCGGCCUCCAAGUCGCAAGGGAGCCCGGAUCACUUAUGAGGCUUUCAGAAUAGUUGAUGAAUGUCUCAUUGCUAACGGAGGGUGUGAACAUAUCUGUCAGAAUACCGCUCUAUCAUUCAGUUGCCAUUGUGACGAAAGCUACACCCUGAGGGCUGAUGGACACAGUUGUGAUGAUGUAGAUGAAUGUACUUUGGGGACAGAUGACUGUGAGCAGGUCUGCGUCAAUGUUAAUGGGUCGUACCGCUGUGACUGUGAAGAGGGCUAUGCCAUCAACAGUGAUGGAAGAACGUGCAGGAUUUCCUGCGGAGGGAGCUACACAGCCAACAGUGGCAGCUUCCAUACGCCUGGUUGGCCAACCCACCACCCUCUGGGAUUCCGCUGCGAGUGGUACAUCAACCCAGAAAACUCCUCCUCAAACCAUAUCUUAUCUCUCACCGUCGACGACCGCUUUGGAAUACACGGGCGUUCUCCUUGUCCCACGGACUACCUGCAGUUUCACGAUGGAAGCACAACUGCAGCAACAUCGUUGGGUAUCUUUUGUUUUCUGACAGCACCAGAUACACUCUACACUACCUCCAGCCAGGCAGUGAUUGUGUUUCAAGCCAGCAGAUUCCCUCACCUUCCUUCUCGAGUUGGUGCCAGAAUCACCUACCAACUCUUUACCAUUGAAAAUGAAUGUGAAGUUGAUAAUGGUGGUUGUGAGGGAACAUGUGUGGACACACGGACAUCAUUCGAGUGUCAAUGUGAUGAUGGGUACUCUUUGGCACCAGAUGGGCGCAGUUGUGAAGAUCUGGAUGAGUGUUCUUUGGGCACACAUAGUUGUCAGCAGCUCUGUAUCAACAGUGAUGGAUCUUAUGGCUGUGACUGUGAAGAGGGCUAUGCCCUCAACAGUGAUGGAAGAACAUGCAGGAUUUCCUGUGGUGGGAACUACACAGCCAACAAUGGCAGCUUCCACUCUCCUGGCUGGCCAACCCACUACCCUCUGGACUUCCGCUGCGAGUGGUACAUCAACCCAGAAUCCUCCUCCUCAAACACUAUCCUCUCUCUCACCGUCGACGACUCAAACUAUGGCAUACACGGAACAGCUCCAUGCUCAAGAGACUAUCUCGAGUUUUAUGAUGGUAGCACCACUUCUGGUGGGUUACCAGAGCGGUUUUGUGGCCUUACAACACCAGGCGUUCAGUACGCUAGUUCGAGCCAGGCAGUAGUCGUAUUCAACUCGGGCAAUAUCCCUCAACAAUCAAGUCGUGCUGGGGCUAAAAUCACUUAUCAACUCUUUGAACUAGUCGAUGAGUGCGAAGCCAAUAAUGGCGGAUGUGAAGGGCCUUGUGUAAACACUCUGAGUUCAUUCGAGUGCCGGUGUCCAGAUGGGUACUCUUUGACUGCCGACAGACUCAGCUGUGAAGAGCCAUUUGGAAUACUAGGCUCUCCGCCUUGCGCGACAGACUCAGUUGAACUAAUAGAUGGCCCCAGAGACUCUGCCUCCCUGGGAACGUUCUGUUCCCUGCAAGUACCAGAACCGGUCCAUUCAUCUACCAACGUAGCCACUGUGGUCUUUCAGGCCAGCAACCAACCUCAUUCUUCUCAACACGUUGGUGUCAACAUCACUUUUAUCGCACUCAAUAAAGUGAAUGAGUGUGAAGUUGAAAAUGGUGGUUGUGAGCAGAUUUGCGUGGAUCACCCCAAAUAUUUUACCUGUCAUUGCGAACCUGGAUACACUUUUGGCAAGCAAUGGCAGAAACUGCAGUGGCACAACUGUCCAGAGCGGUGUGUGAACACGCCGGGGUCGUUCUACUGCGACUGCAAUGAUCCAGAGUUUGUAGUGGGGAGUGAUGGACUAACAUGUGUCCCUGACUGCGGGGGGACACUCACUGCACCAACUGGGACCUUUUCCUCACCAGGAUGGCCCAGAUUCUACCACUCACUCGACUACCGCUGCACGUGGAUAUUAGACGUUGAGCCGAACCAAAUCAACUCUUCGUCAUUUGACAUUGAGUUCAACGAACCUUUUGGGAUUCACGGAAGAGAUCCUUGCGGGACUGACUAUGUUGAGGUGUUUGAUGGUAUUGGAGAGGGGGCCGUGCCGAGGGGAAAGUUUUGUUUCCUACGUACACCACCAGUCAUCUCGACCACUUCUACACGUGCUAUGGUCAUCUUCCAGGCUAGCACUGCUCGACACACACCUAGCAGAGUGGGCAUCUCAGUUACAUACACAACUGUACAAUUUGGUGUUAAUGAGUGUCUGGAAGACAACGGUGGGUGUGAGCAGGAGUGUGUCGACACAAGGCGAUCCUUCACCUGCUCUUGUUACGAUGGCUACUCACUUGACUCAAAUGACAGGGGAUGUACAGAUAUUAAUGAGUGCUUAUCGUCAAGUCAUGACUGUGAACACCGGUGUAUCAACACGGAGGGAUCUUACUACUGUGAAUGCAAUGACGGUUUUGCUCUGGGCAGCAAUGGAAGGUCCUGCUCUCUCGACUGUGGCGGGAGCAUUCCUCUGAGCAAUGGGACGUUCAAGUCUCCGGGCUGGCCACAGAUGUACCCACAACUCGACUUCCGCUGCGUGUGGACAAUUGAGAACAUUCCCACUGGGGAGUCAGUGGCAUUUGUCAUUGACAAAUCAGCCUUUGGGAUUCACGGUAGCUCACCAUGCUUCAGCGACUACGUGGAGUUUUUCAACAGGGCCGAUUUCACCGGGAGGUCGGUGGGACGGUACUGCAGUCUGGUGCCACCGCAACCUGUUAUCAUCACCAGCGACGGAGUUCGGAUUGUGUUUCAAGGACGCGUCAACAGAAAUCGUGCCCCGGAUAAUGUGGGCAUGAGGGUCCUCUACACAGUUCUUGAGGAUGAGUGUGCCACAGAUAACGGUGGAUGUGAGCAUACUUGCAGAGACACCAUCUUUUCCUACGAGUGUGAGUGCCCUGCAGGGUACGAGGUGGCUCCAGACAGACACAACUGCAUCGAUGUGGAUGAGUGUGUGCUGGGGACACAUGAAUGUGCACAGCACUGCACCAAUACCGAGGGACUCUACUUCUGCAGCUGUGGGGAUGAUUUCAACCUAGCUCCAGACGGAAAAACCUGCAUCCCUGUGUGCGGUCAAACUUUCACCGUCCCAAAUGGAACCAUCAGUACCCCUGGAUGGCCCCACUUCUAUCCUGAGCUGGAUUUUGUGUGCGAAUGGAUCAUCAACGUCGACAGUGACUACCUUGAUAACAGCACGAGAUCAGUUUUGAAGUUUGUUUUCAAUGAGACUGCGUAUGGGUUUGGUGACCACUCGAACUGUGCCCGAGACCACAUAAAGUUUUAUAAUGAAAUUGAUGCCGAUGCUACCGAGUCAGUUGCGAGGGUGUGUGCCAGUGAGGCACCAAUGCCCUUCACUGUCUUAUCGACAGAGGUUAGGGUGGUGUUCCGCGGCAGCUCCAGACCACAUGUGGAGGGUCAAGUUGGUGCCAUGGUCUCCUUCUUUACCAUUGAACAAGAGUUUGGAGAAGCCCCUUGCAGUAUUAGCGAGGUGGUUGAUUUUUCCGGGAACUGCAGAGAAGUGGACUGUGGUGGGACGGUGUACUCCACGUCUGGAGUACUCCAAUCCCCCAACUGGCCCGAGCGUUACUCCACAAACAUCCUCUGUCAGUGGUCCAUCGUCCUCCCCGAUCCGGACGCCACUCUGAAGCUCACAGUAGAUGAGAUAGACAUAGUCCAGAGCCGCUCUGGGACUUGUUUCUGGGACUAUUUGUUAGUGUUCGAUUCGUCAAAUGGUCAGGGGAACAUACCCGAGCUGCUGAGUGAGAGGUUAUGUGGCUCCAACCCACCAACUGCUCACAUGACCGCCACUGGGAACAUUGUGCAUGUGUGGUACCAAUCCAGGAGCACUAAUAACAGGGGAUUCUCUCUCUCAUUCUCUGCUAAUUUUGGAGUCUAGACAAUGCUAGAGCAGUUUGUAUCUAGUCUGAUAUAAUGCACUUUCUCAUUCUUUUAACCACAACUGUUUGGUUUUACUUGAUAAUAAUAAUUAUGAUGCGACA